AUGAAUCUCAUAUCCUCAUUUAUUCUUCUAGUUUCAUUUACCCUUUUGGGGGUCCAUGCCGAGUUACUAGCUGUCAUACAGGAAGGAAAACGGCAACAUUUUAAGCUAGGUCAAUAUACGAGAAGUAGAUAUUCAACUUUUAUACCCAAAAAGUACGACCCAUCUUUUUUAUAUGCACAAACAACAGACGUAGAUCGUACGCAUAUGUCAGCACAAAGUAAUCUUUAUGGCUUAUUCCCUGUAUCGACAAAUGAUCAGCAGUGGCAAAACAAUAUAAAUUGGCAGCCCAUACCUGUUCACCCCGCAAAUAAAGUUAUUUUGUCUAGCUUACUAUAUCCAAAAAACUGUCCAGCUUUUACGAAGGAAUUAUUAGCAGUGCUAAGUAGCGAAGAGUUUACAACGUACGACUCAGAAAAUUCUGGACUGUAUGCUUACUUGACUGCAAAUAGUGGAAUUAAUGUGACGGAUAUUAUAACCGCAAAUGAUAUAUGGGAUGCUGUAAAAAUAGAAGACUCUGUUGGAUAUAGUUUACCAGCUUGGGUCAAAUCUAUCUAUCCUGAGCCAAUUCGAACAAUGACUGGAAAAUAUUUUGAAGUUUUUACACACACGACUGCAAUGAAACGACUUACCAUUGGCCCCUUUUUAAAUGAAGUUGUGGAACAUUUGGAGUCAAUGGCUGCAAAUCCUACCUCUUCGUAUAAAUAUAAAAUGUAUAGUGCUCAUGAUACAAAUAUAGCUGCAAUUUUAAAUGCAUUUGAUGCCUUUAGCCCUAGUUUUCCUCCAGCGUUUGCAUCGACAAUUUAUAUAGAACUACAUAAGGAAAAUUGGAAGAACGUUGUAAAAGUAUUUAAUAAGGAAUUGGAUACUGUCAGGCAGGUCAGCAUUAAUGGAUGUGAACUAAGUUGCCCUUUAGCUAGCGUUAGAAAAUAUUUAAGUAAUAUCAUUAUUGAUGCUGAUACUAGAGAUGCGGAAUGCAACAGUUCUGGGGGAGAUAAAGUUCUAUUAGGAAGUGCAGCUACAACUAGUAAAUAUUCCGCAGAAGAACUUGAACAAAAAUUUGCAGGUGUUUCAACAUAA